GCGAUUUCCUUCCUCCUUUCCGAGUGAGAUCUCGCUGAUCACGAGAUCCAAUAUGGCAGCUUUGUGAUGUGUACGUGUUUUACGAUUAUGCAGCCUUCCCCACUGCCCAAAACCCUGUGGUAAAACGGCAAAGAUACAAUGCCAUGAUACCACCUCAGCUGAAAGACAAAUCUAGGUUAUACUGUACAUCGAAGAGAGUUAAUACUUAUGUUACAUGUACGUAAAAAGAUGGUCCCUCACAUCCUUCCUAACUGCUCUACGACAAUACCCAACAAAUCUGGUGAUGACUCAGGCAGAGAAUUGACCUCUCCACGCCAUAGGAGAGGAUCUGGAGAACCUGGAGACAAAUAUGUCCAUCAGAAACACAAUGGCUCACAUGCUAUUCUUGACAAUACUAUUGAAACGUUGAGGACAGCUUCUGGAAAUUCAUUAAGUAAUGGCAGUGCACCGCUAGAGGAGGAAGAAAUUGUAAGUGACACAGAACCCCUGCUGCAGCAACAACACAGAGAAGCAAGUAGGAAGCUAGAGGGAGAUUUUGAUGAUGGGCCAGAGUUUGAGUUUCGUUCUCCUCCCCCUGAGACAGAAGAGACAGCUCUGACAAUUGCUCUGCAGGUGUUUGUUCCUUACCUCAUAGCUGGGUUUGGAACUGUAGGAGCAGGCCUAGUGUUAGAUGUUGUGCAGCAUUGGGAAGUGUUUGCCAAGGUCUCAGAGGUGUUUAUACUAGUCCCAGCUUUAUUAGGACUGAAGGGAAACCUGGAAAUGACUCUGGCAUCACGGCUCUCCACACAGGCCAAUCUGGGGAACAUGGACAAAGCAUCAGAGCAGUGGAAAAUGAUAGGAGGGAAUUUAGCACUGACACAGGCUCAGGCAAUCAUUGUUGGGUUUCUUGCUGCCAUAGCUGCUAUGGUGAUGGGAUGGAUACCUGAGGGCAAGUUUAGUCUGUCCCAUGCCCUGUUAUUGUCUGCCAGCAGUGCCUUGACAGCAUCCUUGGCUAGUCUAGUCUUAGGAAUAGUAAUGAUAGGUGUAGUAAUGCUGUCUAGAAAAUGUGGGAUUAACCCAGACAAUGUGGCCACACCCAUAGCUGCCAGUCUAGGGGACUUGACCACCCUGACUUUCCUGGCUUCUAUUAGUAUGGUGCUGUUUAAAGCCAUUGGUCAGCAGGUGUGGCUGUCCCCUUUGGUGGUCAGUCUGUGUCUGGUGGUCACUCCAGUGUGGCUGGUGGUGGCCUACAGGAACAAGUAUACUCAUGAAGUGGUCUACACUGGCUGGACUCCUAUUAUAUGUGCCAUGGUCAUCAGCAGGUGA